CUCCACGCUGCCUAGCUUACAGUGUAUACACUUCCAGGCAGGAGGAAGCAGCUCAGCCGCUGCAAGGCGCCUUUCACUUAGACUCAGUGCAGCAGUAGUGGAUACUGAGGGAAGGGCUUAGUGAACUGUUACAGACCAACACUGAGCGAUCCGCUGUGUCCGAGUGACAGAAGUAAGUUCUGAUUCCUGUGUCGCUCUGACUUUGGAAGUUUUUUUUACGCACAGAAAGGACUUUUUGGAAACCAGGAAGAAGAGAAAGGGGGCACGCGAAGUUUGUUUUGUUGAAGACUCUCUAGCGGCGUCACUUUUUCAACAUUUUUCUAUGUAUACCAAGAUGGAAACUACUUUCUAUGACGACUCACUCAACGCUUUCUCCCAGAACGACAACGCCGGCUACGGAUACAGCAACCCCAAAGCGCUGAAGCACAGCAUGACGCUCAACCUGUCCGACCCCACGUACUCCCAGAAGCCUCACCUGCGCGCCAAGGCCGGCGACGUCCUCACCUCUCCCGACGUGGGGCUGCUGAAGCUGGCCUCCCCGGAGCUGGAGCGGCUCAUCAUCCAGUCCAGCAACGGGCUCAUCACCACCACCCCGACCCCGACCCAGUUCCUGUGCCCCAAGAACGUCACCGACGAGCAGGAGGGCUUCGCGGAGGGGUUCGUCCGAGCUCUGGCCGAGCUCCACCACCAGCACAUGCCGGCCACAACUAAUGCCCCGGCCCCGCAGGUCAGCGUCAACACGGCGCUGCCGCCCGUGUCAUCCGUCGCCGGCGCCGCUGUUUUCAACAGCAGCACCGCCAUGCGCUCCGACUCUCCGGUCUACGAGGACUUGAACACUUUUAACCCGGCGAUCAGCACCGUCUCGGCGCCGACCUACACCACCUCGGCGCCGGCCGUGUCCUUCGCCGCGCCCCCUCCUCAGCUCCCCAUCUACGACCAGCCGUCGCUGGCUCAGCUCCCCCGGCUCACGGCGCUCAAGGAGGAGCCCCAGACGGUGCCCGAGAUGCCGGGGGAGACCCCUCCCCUCUCCCCGAUCGACAUGGAGAGCCAGGAGCGCAUCAAGGCGGAGAGGAAGCGCAUGAGGAACCGCAUCGCAGCCUCCAAGUGCCGGAAAAGGAAGCUGGAGCGGAUCUCCAGGCUGGAGGAGAAGGUGAAGACCCUCAAGUCCCAGAACUCCGAGCUGGCGUCCACCGCCAACUUGCUGCGGGAGCAGGUGGCCCAGCUGAAGCAGAAGGUGAUGAACCAUGUCAACAGCGGCUGCCAGCUCAUGUUGACACAGCAGCUCCAGACCUUCUGAGGCGAUCGCAGCAGAGAGAAGAGACUAGUUUGAACGAGACGGACGCUUACCUGUGAUGGCGUGUCUCCCCAAAACGUCCCGAUGGGAUCUGGGAGGAUAUGGCGCGACACUGUGGCAGGAUGAGGGUGGGGAAGAGGGGGGGAUGCGCCGAAGUGCCACGCUCUCCCCUGUGGCGCGUCCUGGAGAUGAUGCUCAGGACAGCGAGAGCAGCCAUGAACCUGAGAGGACGUGCAUCCACUGAGCUAAAGUGAACUGAAAGUUUUCUUGAUUUAUCCACAGCUCCGCAUGGACCUGGCCAUUACCAUCAAAGGAGAAGUUCAGUAUUAGGACUUGAGAGAUUUUUUUUCUUGCUGUAGCCAUAUUUUUGGGCGUGUUGUCAACGCUAAAUAAAGUUGUAACAAAUGCUGCCGACCUCUGAGUUACAGUUCAAAAUACCAUUUUCUUAAUUGUAAGAAAUUAAGUUAGAAAAAGCUUCAAGAAUGUCUUGUUUUUUUUUCUAAAGCUGUUUAAUGGGGUUUCACUCAUUGCUAUAUGUAUAUAAGAUCAACUUGGAGUACUUAUGUUUACUAUUUGUAAUAAGGAAACUGUAUAAUGUUUUUUUUUUUAUUGCUUGUUUUCUGAACACUUCAGAAACUAAUCGAUAUUUAUGGAAAAAAAUAAACCAGAUGAAACGAA